AUGAACACAAAACGUGGAAGUCGUCUUGCCAAGUCACCCAUUAACCGAGCGUUGUUUCUGGCUCAGGGUGUCUGCACAGUCACGUUCUCAAGAGUCUCCGUCUCGGAUCCAGCUGCAGCUCGUGCCGCUAUUUCUUCGUGUAGCCGCCGAUUCUCAGCCAUCUGCUGUUGCUGGAUUUCUGCCGACGCCACCAUUUGUUCGCGGAACAUUCGCAGCGUUUCAAUCACAGAAACCGAUCGAUUGGGAACUAAUGACACGGCUGUUUUGGAGGAUUUCUUGGCUAUUGAGUUCAGUUUUGAGAGAUUUCAAUGGUUCAAAAUGGAAAUAUCCGAAUUAUCAGAAAACGGUGUCAAAGUCUUCAUAGCCUCAGAAAUCUUCUCUAUCGCUCAGAUCUGUGCAGGACCGAUUAUCUUUCCGAUGGUAGACCAAUCCGGAUAUCGUGUAUCUGAAGUGGAAAUCUGGAGUCAACUACGUGACCGUACCCAACCGAUUGUGAUGCAACUGGAAGCGGAGAACUUGUCGACGAAGCUGGUUUCUUCGAAUUCUAAUGUCGCCUUAGCUCUCCUCAACCUACUCGGAGAAGAUGACGAUGACUUUGAGUGUAACUGGCUUAUCGACAGAAAUAUGUCAACUGGAAUCGAGAUUGUCGACACGUGUCAUGACUCGUGUCCACCUUUGAAAUUAGAGGAACCGGAUGAUGAGAAAGGAACGAUGUACUGGUGCCAGUUUUGUUGCAGACCUCGCACUGCUGUGCUGAGUGAAGUGAAAAACCAUAACCUCGUGUUUCAAAAUAAAGAUGAAGCACCGUAUCAGCAUAUUAUACAAUGGCGAAGUAAAAUUAGUUGGUUCAUUACCAAAGUUACGCAAGGAAAUUUCUCGACGUAA